AUGUUCGCCGAGCUCACCAAACUUCUGUCUCAGAAUUGCAGCCACUGGGAGGACAUGAACAGCGUUGCAGUUCCUCACCUGCGCAGCCUCUACACCAUUCUGGAGGCCACGAACUGCUGCUGCUCGGACCAACGAGAUACCCACAAUGCUGUUGUCAAAAAGGCCAAGGGCUCAGUUCACAUACGCCUCGACGCUGCAUGUGACUCCCAGUGUUCGUCAGCGGCUUCGUCAGUGGCGAUGCUUCAAAAUGGGUGCCUCGUGUUAAACCCCAAAGUCGAAGCCGAGUCCGUCAACUUUCGAGGGCAGCAAGCAUGCGCGGGUUUCGUCAAGCCACACAAGGACUAUACUUUCAUGUUUGAAAAGGUCUUUAGUGAAGAUAAGGACACUAAGGACGUCUUUGAGCGCACCACCAAAGAGAUGCUCACGACGCUUCUUGACGGCUACAAUUCUUCCGUUUUCGUGUAUGGUGCAACCGGAACUGGCAAGAUCACCAUGAUGGGAUCCGACGAUUGUCCCGGGGUAGUCUCCCUGACGGCAACUAAGGGCAUUGCCAUCUCCAACCUUUCUAUUCACAAGGUGAAGGAAUCUGGGGCACUGUUCGAAUUCCUCCAGAAAGGCAACAGGAACAGGACACAGCAUGCCACCCAUGCCAACUCAGAGUCGUCGCGGUCUCAUACAAUAUUUCAGAUUUACAUCACGCAGACUGAGAACGUGACCAGCACGAGCAAGGGGAUUCGCGUCUCCAAGAUGAGCUUUGUCGACCUAGCUGGCUCGGAGCGUGUCGCUGCCGUGACCAAAGACAUCAAGGACCAGAUACGCGAGGGCACCAAAGUCCACCUGUCGCUUCUGACCCUGGGCAACUGCUUUGAUGCCCUCUCCGAGGGUGGGGCUCAGCGGGUUCCGUACCGGGACUCUAAGCUGACCCACAUCCUGAAAGACUCUCUGGGUGGCACUUGUCGCACCCUCUUGAUGGCUUUCGUGUCGCCAUCCAAGCUCAGCUACACUGACACCCACAACACUCUCAAGUAUGCCGAGCGCGCCAUGAAGAUCGAACUGCAGGCCCAGAAAAAGGUCCACAACGUCAACGCACACACGCCUAUGUACAGCUCCCUCGUAGAGGAGUACAAGCGAAAGGUGGAAGGCCUUCAGCGCAAGCUCGACAAGGCAGAAAACGAGAAGUCCAAGCUCGAGAUCCAGGUGGUCGAGCUCAAAGAGAGCCUCGCGACGGCCAAGGAUGCCCUGCUUCGAGAUCAACAUACUGACGCCGGCAGCAUCGUUCCAGCUUCGCAUAACGAUACCCUGUUGACGACGUCCUUCCCCUCACCGAGCAUCGAGGCGAACGAGCGCAGCGACGACAGCAGGACGGCCUACUUCCUCGACACGGCCAGAAAGAUCUAUGCAGCACGAGCGAAGAUCAUUAGGCAGAUAUGGGAAAACGAAAACAUCAUUCGCGCCAGCGUGGUGAAGGAGAACUGGAAGCAGGAGAUGGCGAAGAAUGUCAACUUACUACAGGGCUCCACUGAAGACACUUUGAAGGUGUCUGAGCCCUAUCGUCACUUUUGA